GCGCACACCACGACUACCAAAGACAAUGGCUCUGCGCGCUGCUGAAUGGCACAAGUUGCCUACAAGUCUCACCGAGCUAUGCAUCAACACCACGCUGCGAUGUGGCCAAUCGUUCAGAUGGCGCAAGUCAGCUGAUGACGUGUGGUCGAUGGUUCUCCAUGGUCGCAUACUCUCCCUCCGUCAAGAUGCCGAAUAUCUCCACUAUCGCGCGACGUAUCCACCUGUCACCACCGCUCUCCCUACGCCGCCUCCGUCCAAGGCGCCCUCAGUCGCCCCCGAAGAAGACGAUACUCUUGCCCUUGUGGAGCACUACUUCAACCUUGCGCCCCAACUUGGCCAGCUAUACGAACAAUGGGCAGCCUCCGACGCCAACUUCAAGAAGCGCGCACCCAAGUUCACAGGCAUAAGAAUUCUGCGGCAGGAUGCUUGGGAGGCACUCAUCGGCUUUAUAUGCAGUAGCAACAACAACAUCAGUCGCAUAUCUGGUAUGGUGCACAAUCUCUGCUUGCACUACGGACCGCAUAUAGGAACUAUCGACGACAUACCCUACCACGAUUUCCCCACGCCCGAUGCCCUCUCAGGCCCCGACGUCGAAGCGCAUCUCACGAAGCUUGGAUUUGGAUAUCGGGCCAAAUACAUCGCGAAGACUGCGCGGAUGGUCUCUGAAGACAAGGGUAUGAAGUGGCUGGAGGACCUGAGUAAUCCAGAGUGUCCGCAGUUUGGCGUACAAGAGAAGCCGGCUGGAGAGAUGCUCGAAGGUGGUCGCGAGGGCUACCGGCAAGCACACGAGGAGCUGCUUGCCCUCCAUGGUGUAGGCCCAAAGGUCGCCGACUGUGUGUGUCUCUUCGGUCUCGGCUGGUCUGAGUCUGUACCCGUCGACACGCAUGUCUGGCAGAUUGCACAGAAAGACUACAGAUUCGGUAAGGGAAAGCACAGUAGCCUGACCGCUGCCACAUACGCUGCGAUUGGAAACCUGUUCCGGAAGUUGUGGGGGAAGGAAGCUGGAUGGGCGCAUUCCGUCUUAUUCACAGCUGACCUGAAGGCAUUCUCAGAUAGAGUCGUCGCAAAGGUCGAGGUGAAGGAAGAGGAAGUGACAAUAAAGAAAGAGGAAGAGGACAUUGCCUUGGCAGAGACAGUCAGAAAGGAGCUUGUCAAACGAAAGCGCAUAAAGAAGGAGCCCGAGGAGGAGCAAUCAGUGGUCACAGUGAAACAAGAGGGCACACGUAGGAGCAAGCGACAACGAACUUAGAGUAGCCCUUCAAUCAACACAGCAAUACCCUCACCUUCACGGCUGGCAGUCACCCUAGUAUCGCAUUCCACGACUCUGCUGCCCAAGCAAAAAAAGGUCCUUGCCAUCCAGGUUGGCAAAAAGAAGGUC